UUUACGUUAGGAAAAUGGCGGAUAUUUUCCCGUUCUGUUUUAGUCAGUCAACAAGCUUAGAUAAGAAAACACUAAGGUGUUAUAAUGUGACAAAUAGACUUUUUUCAAAUGUAGAAAUAGAAAAUACAGAUGCUACUUCUACUGUAAACUUUUCUGAAGCUUUUCUUAAAUACACAAUUGAUAGUGAGGAAUCGAUCACUCUAUCUUGGUUUUGGUGUGACGCCAUAGAAGAGAUUGUCGAGAAUUACUGCGGUGAAAAGAAAUCUAAUGAAUUAAGAUAUCAAGUGUUGAAACUUUUAAGACAAUGUGUACAAAAAUUUAUACAAGACGAAUGUAACAGCAAGCAUUUAGGAAAGGUUAAAGAAGCAAAGAGUGAAGCAGAGAUUCAAGCUAUCCUUGCCCAUCACUUGUUCUCACAACUUGCACCAACUGGAAAAUAUGUGAUUGAUGGUAGAUGUGCACCUGUUGAUUUAAAGAAAUGUCCUGCAUGUAAAGAAGACCUUAUCUAUGGGGAUACAUCUAUAGGAAAUCCAGCUUACUGGCAUGGAUAUCCUGAUAUUCUUCUAGAUAGAAGUACUGUUAAAGUUGAUAUGAAUGAAAGUUGUUGUGAAACAGAAGAAACUCAAGAAUAUGAAUGGCCAGAACCAGAUGCAAAGAGGCAAAGACUAUUAGAACAGACAAAUGGCACAGGUGGAAAAGGAUCCAUUUUAACCCUAAAACCUGAUAUUUUUACUACAUGUGAAGAUCAAUUGUUUAAAACUGAAAAAGCCUUAAGACAGUCAUUUGCUCAGACUAUAACAAAUGCUUUUUAUCAAGUAAAACAGAAGCCAAAGCUCCAGAGUCUUUGUAUUCCAUCAUUUUUAGCUUCAGAUAAUAAAGUAAGGAUUAUUAUGUACAACUGUGAACAGGACAGGCUGUAUAUAUCUGAAGAAAUGUAUCUGUUUGAUACUUUAUGUGAUCAUGGCCUGAAUGUUGGAACAAUUGUCUCCAUCUGGCUGGCAUUAAAUUUUGAAAACUUUCAAAAUGAGGUUGAUGAAGAAGAUCUUACAGUUAUAGCACUAAAGAAGUCAUCAUUUCAAGAAAAAUUGCCAGAUACAGUACUAUCAGUCUACAAACAUCAGUUGUACAGACCUCUGCCAAAGAAAAGAAAACAAACAGAGCAACCACCUCGUACUACUUUGGGUGUAAGAGUUCUCAAAUCUAAAUAUGCCAAAAGUCUCCUAGAGAGGUUGGAAAGCUUAGACUCAAGAUUUUUUAAAACACCUUACAAGUAGUCCAAUAGGUAACUUUUACAUCUGUUCAACCAAAGCAUUGAUAUAAUGAUUGAGUAAAGGAUGUCUACAGAAGAAAGCGGCAACUGUGGAACAUAACAAAGAAUAUAAUAUUCUCAGAAAUGAUGGCCCAUGGCAAAAAACAACUUGUACAGACAUUAUUUGGAUAUUGGAAAGUUGCUGUAAUUUCUAACUGCAGAAGUAUAGUACUUUGAUCCAAUUUGAAAGUUUGUAACAAAAGAUGAAUUCAACAAAAAUGAGAAAGUAAAUGUAUAUUUUAUCACAUUUACAGUUCACAUAGUUUUGAAUGGAGUAUUAAUUUCCUUCAUGGUCUUCAAUUUCCCAUGUCCCCACAGGUGUCAAGAAUAUAUGGACAUAGUGUUCUAUUAUAUCUGCAAGGCUCACAUUUGUUUUGUUUGGUGAAAAUAACUUGUUAUGAUUUUGUGAACAAGUAUAUCUUGCAAAUUAUUAUCUCUUCUAUAUGCUAAAAUAGGAUUUUUAGGAAAAAAAAUUUUCAGACAAAGACUUGGGUAAAUUUUUCUAACAUUUUUGUAAUAUUUUUUGCACAUUGGGUAAUGCAUUACUAUUAAAGUUAAUACUAACCGGA